UCCUGAGCAGCUUAAAAAUUAAAUCAAUAUACCCAAAUACCAAACCAGAGAUGAGUGAAGGAGAAGAAGAAAAGCAGUACUGGUUGCUGAAAACAGAACCAGGAGAAUGGUCAUGGGAAGAUCAAAGAGCAAACGAAGGAAGAUCAAAAUGGGAUGGAGUGAAAAAUAAACAAGCACAAAAGUAUAUGAAAUCGAUGAAACUAGGUGAUUUAUGUUUCUUUUAUCAUUCAGGUAAUAAAUCCCGUAGAAUCGUUGGUGUUGUAUCUGUAAUCAAAGAAUGGUAUUUUACUGAUGAUGAUGAAAAGGAAGGAGCUGUAGAUGUUAAAGAAGUUGGUGAGAUGAAUAGACCUGUUGAUUUAAAAGAGAUGAAAGGUGAAGAUGGAUUGAAAGGGUUUGUGUUGUUUAAGCAACCCAGGUUAUCUGUUGUUCCUGUUCCUGAUAAUAUUUGGGAUAAACUUUGUGAAAUUGGGGGUGGGUUCAACAAGGAAGAGGAAGAAGAUGAAGAGGGAGAAGAUUCAAAAGAAGCUUCUGUGUAGAUAAGUAAGAUGAUUAGAUAAUCUUUGGAUAUUUUGGGUUUUAUUUUAUGUCAUAUUUGGGGAUCUGAUUAUCUUGAAAACAUAUCCGAUUUCUCCCAAUUUCUUGAUUGUUAUUUCUUAAUUUACAACUAGUACUAAUUCCUGGUUGUUAGUAAGGUUUGUUUGGACAUAGGGUCUGGAUAAACACUCGCAAUUGAUUCAAGAAAACAAAAGCAGCACCUGUUCCAAAGUGUAAGCUCCAUUACGGAGGCCAAAAGCA